GCCCCCAACAGUCCAAGAGUUGCUCGCGAACUUCACGCCGGCAACCAUCGGGAGAGGAACAACGAUCUAUAUGUGACGCUGCUUGGUUGGACUUCUUCUCUUACCUGUUCAAUAUCCUUUACCUUUACCACCCGAGGCAUCUCACUUUCUCGUGACCAGGCCAUCUUACCAUUCUCGUAUUACACAAACGAAACAGUCGUCGUGCCGGCCAGCAUGCGCGCCUUGUUAAUGAUCGCGAUCGUUGGCCUUGCCCACGGUCAAGAAUACUUUCGAGAACCCGAAAAAGUAGUGAGCGAAUCUCGUGACCUUGGUGAUACACGAGGUCAUUACUCGUUUGCAUACGAGACCGAGGGUGGAAUUCUUCAGAAAGAAAGUGGUAGUAGGAAGUAUGCCGGCACACCAGACGAGACUCAGCUGAUUCAGGGUUCGGUUCAGUACAAUGCACCCGAUGGAACACCGAUUGCUAUGAGCUGGACUGCCGAUGAAUUUGGCACUCAAGUGUCGGGUACUCAUAUCCCAACUCCACCACCAAUUCCACCAGCGAUUCAACGAGCUCUCGAAUGGAUUGCCAAACAACCCUCGACCAGUGAACAACCGGAUCUGCCUCAACCCCACCAACAGCAACAGCCGAAGCAACAACUCUCUUACAGUCAAAAUGCUGUUAUCAAUUCUAACAUUAAUCGUCCUAACAGAGUGCUAUCGAAUAAACGAUUCUGAACAUAGUAUUGCUUAAGUUAGCGUAGAGAUCCGUCCGAUCGUGAAUUCGCGUAAUGUAAUGUUAAAUAAAUUUUUAUGGUUUUUUUAUUUUUUAUACAAAAAAGAGUAUAUAUAUAUAUAUAUGUCGAUGCGUUAUAAAAGAGAUAUAAAAAAUGAAAUUUUAUACAGAAAUUUAAGGAGAAUGAUAGUCAUUUGUGAUCUCAUUAGAAGCUUUGCAACCGAGACGGAGGAAAAAUAAAGGACUUUUCUUUUUUUAUUCAA